AUGGAGCCAAGCCAUGUUGAUACCGAUAGGAUGGAGGACGAUGGGGAAGAGACUGCUGUCCAUCAGCAACAGCAACACUACCAAACCACCUUCUCCGGUCAUGCGAGCCUCCAGGAUCCCGAGCGCACCAUCAGUCUCGCAUUUCGUCCCGCAUAUCACGGGGAUGGUGUCAAUCAGGUGAACGACUGGUUGAAUUCGAUCAGCAGCGCCAGUAACGAUCCAUACUUAACAGCCGAGACUUUCCCUGUUCCACAAUGCCCCGCUACACCCUCCAUGUUCCAACCAGAUUCUUCAACUCCCGCACCCGGUUGCGAACGCAUCACCAAGGAGGCGUUUGAGCUUGUUUUGGAGCAAAAUGCGAGACUGAGGCAGGAGCUGAGGUCGGUGAAGGAGGCUCGCGCAAAGGCGGAAAAGACGUGCUCCGAUCUGGCGGCUUGGACUUUGUGGGAGCGAGAAAGGUUGAUGCGCGAGUUGGAGGAGGCCAGAGCGAUACAUCGUGCUUUCAUCCAAGACGAGGUCGACAAGCUCAUCGCCGAAGAGACAGGCCGUCUGCCUAUGGAUGAGUAA